CGCGGUGAUUGGCUGCAGGGGGUUGAAUGUAAGAUGGCGCCCAGGGAGCUGUGAGGGGAAAAGACUCGGGGCCGAGGCAGCGGCGGCGACAGGGCCGGGAACGUUACAAGUCUAAGAGCUCAGGACAAGAGCAGCAGAAAUACAUGCAACAUGGUGACUGGAACCCUGAGGACCUUGCAAUAUGAAUAAUUCUCUGGAGAACACCAUUUCCUUUGAAGAAUACAUCCGUGUGAAGGCACGAACGAUCCCCCAGCACAGGAUGAAGGAGUUUCUAGACUCCCUUGCUUCCAAGGGGCCAGAAGCUCUCCAGGAGUUCCAACAGACAGCCACCACCACAAUGGUGUAUCAGCAGGGUGGCAACUGCAUUUACACGGACAGCACAGAGGUGGCUGGGUCUUUGCUUGAACUUGCUUGUCCUGUGACAACCAGUAUCCAGCAACAAACUCAGCCAGAGCAGCAGAUACAGGUGCAGCAACCCCAGCAAGUGCAGGUUCAGGUGCAGGUCCAGCAGUCACCGCAGCAGGUCUCCGCCCAGCAGCUCUCUCCACAGCUCUCUGUCCAUCAGGCUUCAGAGCAGCCAAUACAGGUGCAGGUGCAGAUCCAGGGCCAGGCACAGCAGCAGGCAUCCCAGACAAUACAGAGUCAGUCUCUUCAGAGCCCCAGCCCGUCGCAGCUGCAGGCAGCCCAGAUCCAAGUGCAGCAUGUGCAGACUGCCCAGCAGAUCCAGGCUGCAGAGCUACAGGAGGAGCACAUACAGCACCAGCAGAUCCAGGCCCAGCUUGUGGCAGGACAGGCCAUUACUGGUGGCCAGCAGAUCCAGAUCCAGACAGUUGGGGCACUGUCACCCCCACCUUCCCAACAAGGCUCCCCACGCGAGGGAGAGAGGCGGAUCAGCUCUGCGAGCGUCCUUCAGCCGGUGAAGAAGCGCAAAGUGGAUAUGCCUAUUACUGUGUCCUAUGCUAUUUCAGGGCAGCCAGUUGCCACAGUGCUGGCCAUUCCUCAGGGCCAGCAGCAAAGUUAUGUCUCUCUAAGGCCAGACUUAUUAACAGUGGACAGUGCCCACCUGUACAGUGCCACUGGGACCAUUACUAGCCCCACUGGAGAGACGUGGACCAUCCCUGUUUACUCUGCUCAGCCACGUGGUGACCUUCAGCAGCAAAACAUAACCCACAUUGCCAUCCCUCAGGAGGCCUACAACGCCGUCCACGUCAGUGGCUCCCCCACAACUCUGGCUACAGUGAAGCUGGAAGAUGACAAGGAUAAGAUGGUGGGAAGUACUUCAGUAGUGAAGAACUCUCAUGAGGAAGUGGUGCAGACUCUUGCUAAUUCGAUCUUUCCAGCACAGUUUAUGAAUGGCAACAUCCACAUUCCAGUGGCAGUGCAGGCUGUGGCAGGGACAUACCAGAAUACAGCACAGACAGUGCACAUAUGGGACCCACAGCAGCAACAGCAGCAGCCCACACCACAAGAGCAGGGGCAGCAGCAGCAGCUACAAGUCACUUGCUCAGCUCAAACCGUUCAGGUUGCUGAAGUUGAACCACAGCCGCAGCCACAGACUUCACCUGAACUUCUACUUCCAAACUCUCUGAAGCCAGAAGAAGGUCUUGAAGUGUGGAAAAGCUGGGCACAGACCAAGAAUGCAGAGCUGGAAAAAGAAGCCCAAAAUAGACUAGCACCUAUUGGAAGGCGUCAGCUGCUGAGGUUCCAGGAAGAUCUCAUCUCCUCAGCUGUGGCUGAGCUGAACUAUGGCCUGUGCUUAAUGACACGAGAAGCUCGGAAUGGUGACGGUGAACCCUAUGAUCCAGAUGUGCUCUACUACAUCUUCCUGUGUAUUCAGAAGUAUCUCUUUGAAAAUGGCCGAGUCGAUGACAUCUUCUCAGAUCUCUACUACAUUCGCUUCACUGAAUGGCUGCAUGAAGUUCUUAAGGACAUACAGCCCCGUGUUUCACCUCUUGGUUACAUCCUCUCCAGUCAUGUAACAGAAGAGAUGCUGUGGGAGUGUAAGCAGCUUGGAGCUCACUCCCCUUCCACCUUGCUCACUACACUGAUGUUUUUUAAUACAAAAUACUUCCUGUUGAAAACAGUAGACCAGCACAUGAAGCUGGCCUUCUCCAAGGUGCUGAGGCAGACCAAGAAGAACCCUUCUAAUCCCAAGGAUAAAAGCACGAGUAUCCGCUACAUGAAGGCUCCAGGCAUGCACCAGACAGGACAGAAAGUUACAGAUGACAUGUAUGCAGAGCAGACCGAGAAUCCAGAGAACCCCCUGAGGUGUCCCAUAAAGCUGUAUGACUUCUACCUCUUCAAAUGCCCCCAGAGUGUGAAAGGCCGGAAUGACACCUUUUACUUGACCCCGGAGCCAGUGGUGGCCCCCAACAGCCCGAUCUGGUAUUCCAUCCAGCCGAUCAGCAGAGAGCAGAUGGAGCAGAUGCUCACCCGCAUCCUGGUGAUACGAGAGAUUCAGGAAGCUCUUGCCGUGGCUAAUGCCAGCACCAUGCACUAAGGCAUCCUUCGUGGCUCAGAUGGGGUGGGGCAGGGUGAUGGGGGAGGGACAAGCAAAGAGAAAUUGUACAGACUUUUACACUAAAGGAGAUGCCUAAGUUUUUGGUUUUUUAUUGGUGUAGUUAUGAAGCCCUUUUAGGCUUCUUCUCUUUAAAAGAAUCUAAAGGAAAACCUACCCAUUGUGUAUCCUACCCAACACACCAAACUGUUGGAACCAUUGGAGGCUGCAUAUCCCCUGCAAGCUGGGAGCUGUGGAAAGCUGCUGGUUGACUCUGGGUUUUUUUUUUAUGAUGUAGAAAACACGAACUACAGGAUUGGCCUGGUUGGCUGGGGCCUCUGUCUCCUUGGAGCACGUGCAGCCUAGAGGGCACAGAAUGAUGGAUGGACCUGCUCAGCCAGUGGAGGAGAGGCAGGCAUCUUCUUUUCUUGUGCUUGGACAUUAAUUUGCUGUUAUCUUGGAAGAAAGAGGAGAGAGUGAACUGCAAUUAUGAUUUAUACAAAAAAAAAAAAAACAAAACAACAAUUUCUAUUCAGACCUUUAAGUGACAUUUUUAGAUGUUAAAAGUACAAACUUUACCACACUCUUCUUUUUUGGCCUAACAUUGAGGCCUUAAAGCUUGAGGCUUCUGUGCCUGAUGGAAUUCUUGUAACAUACACUUGUGUAUCAUAUAAAGAUACCACCCUGUUUCUCUUAUGUAUUCUUACUCUAGUUGUUUAUUAAGAAUGACGAGCACGUCUUUUCAACAUGCCAUUGAACAAUGUGUCUUUAUUUGGGGAAGAGUGAGCUGUGAGGGUGGGGGGUCAUUAUACAAAGAUCAGUAUGCAAACUGGUUGUUUUCAUCCCUGUUCAUGCUUUCCAGCUCAACUCUGCUGGAUUUCUUUCACCCCUACAACUUGUGAAGGUAGAAGGGCAUACACUUCUGUUGAAGGACCUGAAUGUCUGCUUGCUGAUGGAAGCUCAGUGCCAGGCUAGGAACAUGGGAUCUGUGAGACCACAUCAGACUGUCCUAAUGUUCUGUGGCUUUACCCCUAGGCAAAUCCCCCUCUUUCCACCUUUUCAAAUGCAUCACAACAACAGCAUGAUGGAGGGGUAGUGGAGGGAAAAGGCCUUCCAGGAGCAGCAUAUGGCUUACUCCUGCUGUUUAACAGCCUUUUCACAGUUUUUAACACAGCUGUGUAGCUUUUGGCAUCAUUCAUGAUCAUAAUCCCCAGCCCUGUAGCCUUGCCUUGCUGCAUCUUAAAUGGUUGCUGUAUUUUAUAUCAUUAACAAAUAGUCUGCUCUUUUGAAGCCAGCAGGUAGCCAACUGUGCUUGAAAUGGGAGAUCACUUGCCAGGCUUGUUACUUGUGCCACCAGCUUCUUGGAUGCAGAGAAGUUACUCUGCUUCUUGAACUUGUCUUCCCUGCUUCUCCACCUCAUGUCCCUUCCCUGUUCCAAAAUACACAGAUAAAUAUUUAGAUAUAUAUUACAGUAAAAGAACUUAAACUUGUGUACAGGCAAGCAACUUUCCUGAAGCCUCUGUUGUCCAGCACCUAUCUGUAUUGAGAAGGAAGGUCUGCCCUCUCUGUUGGUUGUGCAAGAGUGUAAAUUGAUGAGAGUAGCCAAUGUUCCCUGUCUUUGUGCUUGUGAGCAGUGUUGAGGUGUGCAGCUUAGAGAGACUUCCCAAGCCCCUGAUGCUUCAUAUUGAUGUUGGUGUUUCUGAGGGAGCAGGUGUGCUUGAGUCAGUGUCAGUAUGAGCAGUUUGUUCCCUCUGCAGGACUCUGUGCUCAAGUAGGUGUGUGCAGAGAGGUGAAGUAGCAAUGCACUGUUGUUGUUUUAGGCUCUUAGCUCAGUGUCUGCCCUCAGAACGAGGCCAGAGGAAAACAGCCUGGGAUCACUGCCCAGAUCCCAGUGGGUCAGCUGGGAAGAUGGUGCUUAGGGUGGGUGUAGUGCUGGCAGCAAGUACUGGGACCUCAGUUUGUCUGCUGGGAGCCAGCAGUUGCCCCAUUGUAGGGUGGCUCUUGGGAUCACCAGUACUGCUUCAGCUGUCAGAAACCUCUGUUCCUUUCACCAUAUCACAGUGACUGGCAUGUCCAUCUUUGGCCCUGUUUUAAGUCUUUGAAGACAUGGUUGGGGCAGGCUCCACUAUUCCAAGCAGUUGCAUGUGCCUGCUGCACAGAGUGUGCCCAACAGGCAUGCACAGAGUGGCUUUCCCUUUCUUUUGGGCAGUUUGUCCCAUUGUCAGAGCAGAGUUGGAAAUCCUGCUGCCUUGGCUGUCUCCAUCAAAAUACAGCAGAUAUUAAAUAAUCUGCCAAAUCCACACUGUACAAGUUGCUUUACUGGGCAGCCUUGAGAGUCACCUCUUAACACUACACAUUGACAGGAACUUCAGCUGAGCUUUCUGGGGAAACAGAAUUCCAUGUUACCUUAAAAUUCUAGAUUGUGCACUUUCCUUACUACUCUUAACUGCAAGAUGAUCUCAAGUCUUUGUAGGGGGAAGAGUUCUCCUUGGAGGAUACUGCUUAAGAACAGGGAAACUAGGCACAUGGUGAGCUGUGGAGAUCUCCUGAUGAUUGAUGGACUGGAGUGUUUCCAUUUCUUUCUCAUUGUCCACAUGUACAUAGGAGAGGAUCUGCUGAUGCAGAAGUGGACUGCUGCACUGUUCUGUACUGUCUCAUCAGAAUGUCCACUGUGUUCACUUCAUUCCCUAUUUUUAGAGACAAUCGAUAUACUGUGACUUAAGGAUUAUUUUCCUGGAUCUGGCUUCUAGUCUGUCUCUCUGGAGAUAGUUUAAAAGGUACAGUAUUUCUAGAAUAUAAAUACUAUGUUGUUUGAUAGUGAAGAACAUGAUCUGCUCCCUUGUAGGGGCUUGUAGGAAGACGUGCACAGAGUAGCACAGAAGAGUGCUGUGGCUUAGGGUUGCUGUCCACAUUCUGGGAAAUGUUCCCAGUCAAACAUGUAAAAUAGCUUUUUAACACUUUCCUAUAACCAGCUUGACUGCUGCUUAAAGGGCAUUCCCCCUUGGCUCUGAGAGUGCCAAACUGCUUGUACUGCUCUUGUAUGCGUGUAUAUAUUGACAGGAACUCUCUGUGCCCUAUGCCUUGUACGAGACAGGCUCAAAAUGCAUCCAUCUCUAAAUAAAUAGAGCUGAGAAGUCAAGCUAGAGACCCUGUGUUGUUGAUUUUGAACUGUGCCCCCAUCUUGUCACUUUGGUAUGAAAGGAACCAUAGAAAGCAGAGAUUGCCUGCUGUAAAGCACCUCACAUUCUGACAUGAGACUCAUGUAUUGUCCAAGCUCUUGACGUUUAACAGUGUUGCUUUCUUUAGGGAACUUGUAGCCUCUUACAUGUGUCCACAGCACCAUUAGAUUUUCAUUUGCUUUCAAGAGGUCAAGCAUUUCCUCUUUAAGUGGUAAUGGCUGAAGCAGUGGAGAGCAGACUAGGGAGUGGUUCUUCACUCCUGUCUAAAGCAGUGUAUAAAGGGAAUGGUCUAAGAACUUCAUAGGGCUCUCACCUGUUGGCUGCCUCUCCCCUAGAGGUCUAGAUUUCAGAGGGGUCACAAGAUCUGAAGUAGUUCCUGAUCUGUUCUGCCUUGGACAAUACAAAAAGACUUAAUCUGAUUUCUAAAUAAGAAUCCUCUUCUGCACUGUUGCUGCUAGGGCAGAAAUUAAGACAGUCUUGUUCUCAGCAGCAUCAGGGCUACUGUCUGCCUUGGCAUACAUAGAAGGGAUGAGGCCUGGAAUAUUGCUAUGCUGUGAUAAGAGCAGAUCCAGAAAUGGUAGAAAAGAGCCCCCUGAGUGUACAGGGGGUGGAGGAUUGCUGGUACUGUAGUUUCUCAUCCUCUUGCUGGACUGAGUGCUGCUGGACACUGAAUGGCUGUGCAGCUGUCCAGCCAUACCAUGUUCUUACCCAAGUUUAAUACUGACUGACUUGGAGUUAGCGCUUGGACUCCUAAAUCACUCUUAAAGUGGGAUAUCAACUGUCUUCCACCCUAUAUGGGGCUUUUCUCCCCAUCCUAUUGCUGGAGCUGCUCCUCUCAAACAUUACAGGGAAUGCACCUUAUCCUGAUGAUUCAGCCUCUUCUGUCUUGUUGGUGCCAAUGCUUAAGAAAGAGCCCUUCUUGCUUAUACCUCUUCCUACCUUAAGGAACAUCUCAAUUCUUCCACAAGUCUUGCUGCCAUGCUUCCCCCAAAUCUCUGAAGCGAUUGCUGUGUCCCUACUUGUCGGUUUCCUUUACUCGUGGCUGAAGCUCUGCUCUGACGCUGCAGUCACGUUCCCUGUAACCUUGUGCAUGGCAGACACGUUUGCCUGCUUCUCCUUUGGCGUUGGAACUCAGCAGAACGGGAAGGCAGAUUAAACCCACUUACAGCAGCAAUAAACCAUGUCUAGAGCUUGAGGGAACUGCAGGAGAGAAUGAGGUGGAGGGGAUGUCUCAAAAAGGCAGGGUCCAGUUGCAGCCCAAAACCUCGCUUGAUAAUGAGUGUGCAGCCUAUAUGCAAAAUACAUCUUGUCUGUCCCUCCUGUGUUGACCCAGGUCUAAACAGCACAUGUGAUUGGCAUCCUGCAAAGUGACCUUCAGAACUCUCCAGUAGCUUUGCCCCGUGAGUAACUCACACUACAAAUCAUUUUAAAGAGAUGCACUCAACUAUUUUUUUAAUUUAAUUUUACUCUUAUAUUCUCUGCUCUUUGUAAUCUGCUUGGAAAUAAAAUGUUUUUCCCUGCA